CUUUUUAAACCUAUGUGUCUACUUGAAAAUUCCAUCAUUCACUUCUUAUUCCUAUGUGGAUUGGGAGAAACACCAAAAACGAAUCUUUUAUAAGUAACUCUAAGAACAAUUUGCUAAAAAAGAACGUUCACCAGAUUAAUCAUGGUAGUUGUAUGGAUGACGAAUUAACACAGAAUAAAAAAGCACCUGACCCAAAUAAGAAGAUGGUGCCAAACGGGAGGCAAAGACAUAGGUCAUGUACUCCUGUAAAAUUGUCCAGAAUUUUUCCAAUCCAUAAACCUAAUGAAGUUUGUACAUUUAAACAUCUAAACCAGAUUCGUGGAUUAACAGAUAUUCCAGCCGGAUACUUGAGGAACCUCGUGAAUAAAUACCCUCCUAACAUACCAAUGGAUUGAAGAAUGAACAGCCACGACCCAUAUAUAAAUUGCUUUUCCAUAGAUACAUCUCAUCCGUGAAAAUAAGCAUAGAACAGGGAUAUCGAUCAGUGAUAAUCAAACAAAGUCUAGAUUAAUAGCUGGUUGAAGUUGGUAAAAUGUUUAGUUUUUAGUUUUUAUUAGGUUUUUGUCUAGCUUUAAGGUACAUUAUGAGCAGAGGAAGUGUACAGACAAGAAUGUGUGGGAAAACCUGGAAGUGAAAAGAAGAAGAGAAAAAGAAAAUCGACAGUUCUGUGAGUACAUUAGAUUCAGAUCAGUGUGAUAUUAAACGUGACUGAUAAUAAAUAGCAAUCAUAUGAAACAAAAAUGAGACAGUAUAGUAAUUGAGACUAAAAGUUAAUAGAGUAUACUUUUGAGUACGUAAUAAGUAAUAUCUUUAAAGCAGUACUCCAUCAUCACGCCAUGAAAUAACCAAAGUCGUUUAACUGAGCAACAUGUUAAUAUUCAUACAUGUAAUUUUGAUGUGGUGGGUUCGUGUGACAUCACAAUUUUCAGAUUAGUGAAUUAAUGAGUAACUUUUGAAUAAUUAGAAGCAAAGUUUUCAAACUGAUCCGUAACAAAACAAUACUAUAGACUACCCAAAAAUUUGCGAGAAACAAGUUUGUUAGCCAAGUUUGACAAAUCCUUAUCCUUUGUAUCAAACUGUCAGCUAAUGAAUUAAUACAAUUAAAUGCUACAUAGCCAAAUGAAAAAAGAAAAGAUUGGCCAGAAAAUACCACUUUGGUUUCUACGCAUCGGAAGACUCUAUUAAAAUAAAUCAAGUAAAAUAGAGUAAUGACUCCUUGGAGAUGUUCGUUUCGAAAACAUUUACGAAUUUUAAAGUAAAUAUCAAACACCUUUCCGAGGCCUAUUCUUCUGAAGAAGUGAUGCAGACCUAUCGAUUAUAAUUUAAACAAAAAUAAUGAGAUUGUGACGAAAGUUACUGGUCGAAUCCCAAACAAAUGUGGAAAAUCUCUAGUUAAACUGGGAAAAUGUGAUUUGUUGUUUUACUCAUAAAUGCGGUGUUAACACUACUUGGACACUAAUUUAUCACUACUUAGUGCUACUGCAAAAUGUUAUAUCAGAUAAUUUCCUUACUAAUAUCCAUACAUUUUUUAGAAUAGUUAAAACCUUAUAUUCUUCAAAAUAUAUCAAUAUAGAGAAAAACCUAAGUUAUCCAGCAUUCUAUGUAACUACCAAAAUCCAACUUUAUACAUUUCGUAUCAUCUGUCGCAGUGUCUACGCUGUUGUCAUAUCAUUUUUCCUACAAAAAAAUCAUUCUUAUAAUCAAGAUAUUUACAGCUCCAGUAAAUUAAAAACAACGUCUACAACUGGCCGACCUACUAAACAUUCAUUAUACAGCUGAUUCCACUGAACAUUUGUGAUGACAGUUUUAAAGUAACCAUUUUAAUAAGUAUUUCGCCGAAGAUAGUUAUCGUCUACAGGGUUGUUCAUAAUCACUCUCAGAAUCGAAGUAUGCUAACUUCUAUUGAGUAGCAGGAAUAGUAUCACUCAUAAAAAAUAAAGAAUCCUUCCUGGAUUACAAAUCAUUAGUAGAUGUCAAGUUUUGAGAUGAUUAUUUGAUGGAUUCUGAAGCUAAUCAGAAAAAAAGUAUUAUAUUACGUUAUACAGUGUUUGGUUUUCUGCUAUAAUGACAAAGAUUCUAAAGCACCGUUUAGAUGAAUGGUUGAAAUCUAAGUCUAUACCAACAGCUUUAUAGCCUAGCACGUGUAUUGAUAGUGUGAAAAAAAAUGUUAAACUUAUUUCAGAAACUCUAAUGAUGAGAGAUAAUGAUUUCACUUUAUCCCAGCUAAGAAAAAAUGAUUAUCACCUAAAUUCAACUCAUUAACUAUUCAGCGAAACUAUUCCUACUCUAUAGUUUACAUCACUAACUGAUCUUUGCCAAAAUAAGAUUGAAAACCGGGGAGCAAAACAUAGCUGUUUCGUCUUAGUGUGGGACUUCUUAGUAGUGGUCAUCCACCACUCCAGCCCUGAAGGCCCAAACUAGAACCUUCGGUCCAACUGUCAUGACAUAACCUCCAGAUCACUGAUCUGGCAUCCAAUAGUUUACAUCUUUAACUUCAACCAAUGCACAAUAUCACACAACCAUCUUCCAAUAUAUUUUCUGGAUAACUCUUACACACUCAAAAUAGUUAAACUUCACUGGUCAUCGCUUUUAAACGAAACUCUAGUAUUAUCUCGAGAAACCAGUCGUUAAUGAAUAUAUGAUUUGUAUAUUUUAAAAAACUUCCAGUGUGAUGCUAAAUGCUAUUAAAUAGUAUUUUAAAACCGUUUGACAAAAAAUUUCUUUCUAUAGAUGACUAUGAAAAUCGACCUAAGAAUAAUUUUUCUCAACAACUCUCAACUCAGCAAAUCAAUAAAUCAAACAGAUCAAAAAGCAUUCCAUCGAUCAGUACACGUAAAAGUGAAUUCUUAAGCAAUGAGGAAGAUAGAGCACUAUUCGCCAAGCAAAGAUCUAUAAUAUAUCAGUUAAAUGAAAUUAUGAGAAAAUCAGAAAUAGCCAAUUACGAAGCUUUCAUGAACUUAAACCAUACAAAAUGAUUAUGCUAAUAGGAAAGGAUGAAUAAAUGGAGCAUUACACAGAAUUACUAAUCUUAUUUAUAAUGAUUUGAGUAGUUUGGAAGGUAAUCUAGAUAUUAUUCAGUCUCAAUGAAAGAGUAAUUCAGUUUCUUUGAACAUAGUUUAAAAACGGCUAAGUAACAACCUAGUGAACAGGGCAUAAAAAUUAGCUCAGGUAAUGUGGAAUGUAUAUAGUUAUACUCGACAAUACAAUAUGGUUGGGUUGAAAAAGAUUAUUGAUCCAGUUAACUGCUCCAGAAGACGGACGCGCAUAACCACGG